AUGUCGACGAACGCUCGACCCCCACGCGAAGCACAGCACGCCGACUGGACACCGUCUUCCUGGCGGGACAAGCCCAUUGCACAAAAAGUCGACUACGAAGACACCGAAGCCGUCGACACUGCCAUUGCAAAACUGAAGCAUGUCCCACCACUCGUCACUUCACACGAAAUCUGGAGAUUACGGACAUCGCUGAAAAACGUCGCCCUGGGCAAAGCAUUCCUGCUGCAAGGCGGUGACUGCGCAGAACUUUUCGAUUACUGCAACGAUGCCGCCAUCGACUCGAAGAUCCGUUUGCUUCUGCAGAUGUCGCUCGUACUGAUCUGGGGAGGCAACAAGCCCUUGGUGCGAAUCGCUCGCAUGGCCGGCCAAUACGCCAAACCUCGCAGCAAGCCCACGGAAAUCAUCGAUGGGAAAGAAGUUCCCAGCUACCGUGGUGACAUCCUCAAUGGGCACCAGCUUGACAGCCGUGAGAUCGACCCGGAUCGUCUGGUUCAGGCAUACUUUCACUCGGCUGCGACUUUGAACUAUGUGCGUGCACAGCUGUCGAGUGGCUUUGCCGAUCUUCACAACCCGAUGGACUGGGGACUUGGCCAUGUGCAGGAUCCGGCGUUGCUGCAGAAGUACUCUGGUAUUGUGGAAAGCAUCAGCUCAAGUUUGCGCUUCAUGAAGACUGUAGGCGCAGACACUUCUAGUCAGCUGCAAAGCGUGGACCUCUUCACUAGUCACGAAGCUCUCUUGUUGGCGUAUGAAGAGGGCCUGACGAGGAAGUUGAAGCAUCCCUCGAAUAGAGAAACGUCAUCACCACCCCAUCAAGCCAGCGAAACCUCAAACAAGACCAGCGGAGCUACCAUGACGGACGACUCUGCCUACUACAACACCAGCGCCCACUUCAUCUGGAUAGGCGAUCGAACCCGACAACCAGACCACGCCCACAUCGAAUACGCCCGCGGCGUCGAGAACCCCAUCGGCAUCAAAGUCGGACCCACCACAGUCGAAGCAGACCUCGCCCAGCUCCUUGACCUCGUCAACCCCCGCAAGGAAAUCGGCAAAGUAACCCUCAUAACCCGCUACGGCAAGGACAAGAUCGCCGCCAUGCUCCCCAAACACAUCGAAGCCGUUCGCAAAACCGGCCACAUCGUAGUCUGGCAAUGCGAUCCCAUGCACGGCAAUACUCGAUCCACGGAGGAUGGGAUUAAGACAAGAUCGUUUGAUGAUGUUUUUGAUGAGCUUUCUUCUGCGCUUCGUAUUCACAAUGAAGUGGAUUCGUACCUGGGAGGUGUGCAUCUGGAGCUUACGGGCGAUGCUGUUACGGAGUGUACUGGUGGCAGCGAGGGUCUAAGGGAUAAUGACUUGAGUCAGGCUUAUCAUACUUAUUGUGAUCCAAGGUUGAAUGAGAAACAGGCGUUGGAGCUGGCAUUUUUGGUGGCGGAUAGUCAGCGGGAGAUGGGGUCGCCGCGGUUGCAGGGAGCUGACGGUGCUUGA